UGAUGUUUGGUGAAUUGGUGGUGAGAGCUCUCGACCGUACCUUCCAACUAGAAUAAGAGCUGGUUUACUCCGUGCUGCUGUCGUCACUGCAAAUUUCUUGCCUCGCCCCUUCCUUAUUUGCUUCUCAAUUUCGUCAAUGACGUGGCCUGAGAGGGUUGUCUGCCCCGCCAUCCCCUCCUUUUCGCAAUUCUCAGGCUCCCUCCGAUCUUGUUCCCCGCCCUCCUUCGUUUCCCUCUCUCUUCUCAGUCGCGCCUCGCCUCAUCUCUCCGGUGAUCUACUCCCAACUUGCGCACCCCCUAGCCCGAGCUUCUCAACCGACCCUUGCGAUCAUCAGGAGAAGCGUUCCAAGAAAGGAACACUCCCCGAUGACGCAUUGGAAGCCGUCAAGAACACCUUUUCGACUCUCGAUAAAGCUAUCGAAGGCGUCAAAGAGGCACACACUGCUCUCUCUACUCCCUCUGCUCCCCGUCAAAGGGCAUCACCAAGUGAGCCUGAUGAGUUUAUUCCCUUGUCUGAUUCCCCGGCUGCAAAUAAUCAAGCGAUUAUUAUCAUUCGACAACGAAGACGAAACCAUACGGAGCAGUCCCCGACACAUUCUCACCCCCCUCCCCCGACCCCUCCCCAUACCUUCUUGCCUCCCUCCCACGAGCUCUCCGACCCCGAAGAUCAGGAGCGUGCGGCGCUCCUUGAUGCCAGCCACGCUCCCUCCCACGCUCCCACCAACCUCACCGCGACGGCAGCCAGCCUGCGAGCAGAUGGAUCUCCCGAGCCCAGCGGCGACACACGGAUCCCUCUUUGGCAGAACGAAACCCGCGCCUUCAAAGGCGAAUUCGCCUACCCGAGGAAAAGUCGCGGGCUAGCCACUCGGCUUGCCAGAGAAGCGCAAAGAGCCGAGUUGAUGGUAGAUGGCAAGCCCCAGUUCAACCUGUUCGUGGAUGGGUCAUACAAACAAAACCACGACAACAGAGGAGCGCCAGAACAUCGACGAUUCGGUCGUGGCGGGUACGGCGUCGUCUUUCGGAACCCGUAUCAUGGAAAAGGACUCGCCGAGUGCGACCAUAACCACGACGACGAAGCUCAAUACUGCACCAAGGUGCCCCAAGAUAGCUUGAGCACGAAAGACUUCAACAUCCGCUCCUGGCGCUCCCAUCGCGUCCUAUCCAGUCUCCACGCCGAGCUGGCCGCUAUCUCGCAAGGCAUGGAGACCGUCAUCAGCUUGCACAAGAGACACCACCCCCUUUCCGCCUCCGUCACCAUCUUCACCGACAGCAAGACCGCCAUGAAUCGGCUGUCUAGACGCCUACGCUCAGACGCCGCAGACGGAGAAGCUAUCAUAACUGAGACGGAGCCCAUAACCACAACCGACGCGCUCACGAUGCCGCUUGUGCGCGCCAUCGUCUGGCAGUCGCACUUCCUCUCCGAGCGCGGGUGCGAGAUCAAGCUGCAGUGGCUGAAGCGAUGCACCGUGCUAGCCCACAAGUUGGCGGACGACGUAGCGGGAUGGUGGCGGAAGGAGCACGCCGUGUUUUACCAGAGGGAUAGGCCGCUUUGGCGGAGAGACGGGAUUCUCGACGCUUUACACCAUGAGGCGCUCGUCAAGGUAAUCGAAAGGAUCGAGGCCGAAGCGCUGCUGCGUCCUCCUCUUGUGUCUGCGUCUCAGCGAAGGAAACAAGCCAAACGAGAGCGACAGGAGCGGGAAAGAGAGCGGGAGCGAGAGUCCCGUUCUCAAGACAUGCUGCUGGAGAAUUUCUCUGGUUCGGCGAUGCAGACAAGGAUGAACAGCGAUCCGUUGCUCAAAAUGCCGCCUAUUUGGGAACGCAACGCUGCGUUUAGCAUGGUAAACGAGGACAUGGCUAAGAUCUUGAAGGGCAGUCCGUUCGAGAAUGAG